UGCUUUUUGUGUUGUGUGUUGCCUAAUUUAUUAAUCUGAUUCUGUUCUCGGUUGUUAGAAGCCCGAGUUAAGUGCAAUUAGUUGGAUAACGCAGUUACACUUUUAUGAUGCUAUUUUUUCACCAAUAUGACAGAAAUCGAAGAAUUCACAUGUUUACCCAAAACCUUAUCGUUAGAAGACAAGCAACGUUUACAAGAGCAAGAUUCACGAUUAGUCACGGACUUUAAAGCUUCCUUAUUAGAGAAAGAUGCUAGAAAACACUGGGAUUUAUUUUACAAACGCAACGAAACACGUUUUUUCAAAGACCGGCACUGGACGACUAGAGAAUUCACAGAAUUGUUAAACAACCAAUCAACUACAAAAAGAGUUCUUUUUGAAAUUGGCUGCGGUGUUGGCAACUUUAUUUUCCCUUUGGUUGAAGAAAAACUAGAUUUUUAUAUAAUUGCAUGUGAUUUAUCUUCAAAAGCAAUUGAAAUUGUGCGAAGAAAUGAGCUUUACAAUGAGGAGUACAUGAGGGCAUUUCAAGUUGAUAUAACGACAGAAGAUAUUUUAAAUCGAGUAGAUGCGAACAGUGUUGAUAUUGCAACACUAAUCUUCGUGUUAUCAGCAAUACAUCCUGACAAAUUUGUGACCACUUUGAAAGUUAUCCACAAAGUAUUAAAGCCCGGAGGAAUUUUACUCUUUAGAGAUUAUGGUUUAUAUGAUAUGGCUCAGUUGAGGUUUAAAGCCGGACAUAAAAUUUCAAAUAAUUUUUACAUGAGACAGGAUGGAACAAGGAGUUACUAUUUUUCUGUGGAGUUUUUCUCAAAUUUAUGUCUUAAAGCGGGAUUUGAAGUCAUCAGUAAUUCAUAUGUACAUAGAAAAACGGUAAAUAAAAAAGAAAACAUUGAUGUACCAAGAAUUUUUAUUCAAGCAAAAAUUAAGAAACCAUCAUGAGGAAUUCAUGCAGAAAAAAAAUGAUAUGAUUUGUGAUUUUGGAGCAUUUCCACAACAUUUCUUCACAAUACUCAAUGGUUUUGGCAGAAAUGACAAGGUCUUCUCGUUUUUAUCAGAUCCAACCGGCACGAAUGAAGAGACAAGACGAAAAUAACUAAAAGAAGCAAAGUGUUUUGGAUUACCAAUAUAAUAUUUUGUAGCAAAUAAAGAUAUUAAAACAGA